AGAGGGCGACGACGGAGGAGGCCGUGUCUCUCACCGCCUCGGUGGUCUGAUGGCGCAGGAGGCAGGGUGCAGCCUGCCGGCGGGGGCCCGGACUCCAAAGGCUAUUUUGAAAAGUGAGCCCCUGUACGCACGCACACACACACGCACACGCAGCUGCUCGAAACCAUGACAGAAGAUGACGGACACAGUUGUCGCGGAGGGACAAGUCAAGUUUAGAGAUGGAAAAAAGUGGAAGACUCGGUGGGUCGUUCUUCGGAAGCCCUCUCCGGUCGCAGACUGCCUGUCCUUGCUGGUGUAUAAGGAGAAGAAGAAAGGGAAGGAGAAGGGCAGCGGCCACAAGGAGAGGCUGAAUGUAACACUGGAGGGGAUCUGUGGCGUGGAGCCAGGGCUCGGAUAUGAUGGCGUGUCCUACACCCUCUCCAUCCUUUGCUUGGCACACAUGCUGGUCCUUGGGUUCAACAACCGGGACACCCUGCUGGCCUGGGAUGCCCGCAUCCGCUACAGCUUGGGAGAAGUCCACAGGUUUAACGUCAACGUUGAACCAGGUACCAAACUGGAAAGCGGUCCUGCAUCACUCCACCUGUGCAACAACUUGCUGGUCCUCACCAGGGGCCUCCCUCCCGCCGUCGUUGGCCACUGGAAGUUGUCAGCGUUACGUCGCUACGGUGCUGUGCCAAAUGGCUUCGUGUUCGAGGGAGGGACUCGGUGUGGAUACUGGGCUGGUGUUUUCUUCUUGUCCUGUUCCGAAGGAGAGCAGAUCAGUUUCCUAUUCGACUGCAUCGUCAGGGGCAUCAACCCCAGCAGGGCACCACAUGGCCUGCAGCCUGACCUGCCAGCAGAUCCCAGUGCCGAUCCAGCUUCAGCAGAGGAACGAAUCAACCUCGAGGCAUCAGUGCUGGAGAAAAGACUGAGCAUGCUGUCUCAGUGCAGCUUAGCAAGCAGCACAGCCUCCUCUUACAGCUGCAGUACAUCUGUCGCUGGAGACGACCACAGCAGUAUUUCCAGCUCUUCCUCCAGUCAAUCAGAUGCGAGCUAUGGAAGCAGACUUCCAGUGUGGGCGGAGCCAUUAGGCAGACUGCACCUCUCCAGUGAGACAGCUUCAAGCUCUUCCACGCUGAAAGCACUGACCAGUUCAGAUGACCGGCUUUAUUCUGCUGUUUUGGGAGGCUCCAGGAGCCAUCCCUCCUCCACCCACAUCCAUCCUCGCGGUCUCCAUGACAGUGGGCGGCAGAGUUCAUUAGACAGUGGGAUUGGGAUAGCGACAGGCAGCCACUCUUCUUACUCAGGGAGCUAUUCCUCAUGUACGGGGAGUCUGGACAUGGCCAGCGGGGGAGUAGGGGAGGAAUUUGGCUCUGUGGCCAGCCUUCCUCCUGCUCCUUCUUUUCCUUCUUCACCUCCUUCUGCACCACCCCCAACUCCUCCUCCUUCUCCUUUUCAACCCAUGCUUAUCCCAGAGGGCAACACCGCCUCCUGUUCCUGCUCCUGCUCCUCCAGAUCUGCAUCUCGUACAUCUCGAAGGCAUAGUGAAGAAUACCAGAUUCCCAGUCUGCUUAGACUGUGGUAUGAUACCCCCAGGAGUCUACUCCGAGCUCAACCUCAGAAGAAGCCAUCGUCCCACGGAGCCCAGUCUGAGCUCAGCAAAGACAAUAAGAGCAGUGGAGGUGGAGGUGAUGGUCAGGGACAAGGAGGAGUGAUGGCUCAGCGUCAGGCCAUGAUGCAGCGCUCACACUCCUGGGGUAGCGAGAGGGCGCCCUCUGUGGACAGUGAGGGGAGAUCCACACCCAGACCCUUGUUGGUCCCUGGAGGCUUGUUUAAUGCAGAAAAGCAGUGCAGUCAUGGUUUAGACAACUACAUUACACAAGAGCAGUGGCGGUCAGUGAGGAACACAAGCCACACGCAGACUGACACCUCUCCACUGAUGCACCUGACACCUUCUGCAGAUUCACAAGACUCUCCUCUCUGUAUCAGGGAGGAACGUCAUGACAGCAGUGACAUCAGUUCUAAGCUUGCAAGUCUGAAGAAACUGUUGCCAUCUCUGCUCUUGCAUGCCCCUCCACCUCCUCCUGUCACACCGAGCAUGCACAGACCAACAUCAGCUUCUGGCAUGUUCAGGUUUUCCCACGAGGCUCCUCCCCCUGCAUCCCUGGACUGCGGGCCUUGUAGUAACAGCAGUGCUAAUUAUGUCAACAUCCCCGUUAGCCCUCUGCUGUAUAAAACUAGAGAGCUACUCUACACAGAGCUGGAGCUGCAGAAACCCAGCUCGGCUCCGGCCUCCAGUCCGCGCAGUGCUGAGAGAGGUAACACAGUGCAGCUCUGCAGACUCAGUAAGAACAUUGCACCUCAAACAGUUUUAGUUAACUAUUUGUCUUUUCCUGCUGCUGCUUUCUGUUUUGGUUUUAUAUAUGCCAAAUGAAUAGCUUCAAAUCCCAUUUUGCAUGCAAUAUCUCCACACUGUUAUAAUACAUGGCAUGUUUGAGAUGUUGUUAGAAUAUAGAAUAGCAAGCAAAGCUGGGGCAAACAGCUAUGAAACAGAUGGUUGAUUUGUUGAUUAUUCUCUGCCUAUCAUAACAAUAUGAUAGGUAUGAUGGGGGUCACUGCACCUAGUGCUCUGAUUACCACUGGGCUCUUCUUGAGCGUCAUUUAGAUGGUAAGCCACCACUAUGGAUGCCAGCUACUGCCUCUAUCUGCCGGUUCAUACUGGGCAGUAUACUAUCCUUCCAUGAUGGUUAUUUGGGGAUCUCAUGACACUGAUAUCUAUCUUUGGCCAGCUUAUUAUCACAGGCAGGUGUUCAUAGCCCCCUUGUUGUUGUACCUGGUAUAAGGUACUAGGUUGCAGCUUUCACCCAAGCGGGUGGGGGUGAUGAUAUUCUCCAUCCAACCUGUUGUCCUGGCUCCCCCUUGCCGUAGCAUGUGUGUUGUACCUUGUCAAUCUCUAGCCUUCUUUCAAAUGUUGGAAAGCUGAGCCACUAAUUUUUCUCUUGCCCACCUUACUGGACCCAGACACCCCUUACUGGAAUCGAACUUGCGACUCCCGCUCAAAAGGCAUGUAGUCUUACCACUGCUAAACGCAUAUAUUUCUCUCUAUUGGCUGACAACUUAAAAGAAAAGUGCAUGAAAAUGUGUUCUUAGAUCAGCUCACACUAUUAGGAAAAGCCUGAUAAAUACGUUCAAUAAAUGAGGAGGUGCAAUUUUUUUAUGGAAAACAGUCAAUUUAUUUCCUGGUGCUUCUGUGUAACCUAACUGAAUUAACAUAAUCUGACAUAUUUAGACUGUGAAAAUGAAGCAAUUUAUUAGAGGGAUGGAAAGCAAUUUACAUCAGUUAAAACCUAAUAAAAUGAGAGCAUUUCGAUUACAGGUAAUUUUAUGCCUUUUAAUACACAGAUGAAGUUAAUGUGUGAAAUGUGUAUUUCAGAAGUACCAAUUAAAAAUCAGUCUGAGGAGACAGAAGGGGCAGAGUGAGGAUAUAAUGCAUCUCUGGGAGACUGGUCUAAGAUUAUAUGACACACUGUAGAAAGACUGUUUUUUUUUUUUUUUUUAUUAACCCCCUCCAUCAUUUUCCCAUCCAGAAGAGGGCUCCAUCAGGUACGCCCACCUGGACAUCACUGCCAUGGAAACAGCUCAGAGAGUGGGGGCGGAGCAUGUUCAGGCCAGGGAGGACAGACUGACUCAGCUGGAGAGCAGGCGGCAAGGGCCACCAAACUGACUCUGGAACGCCCAACUGGAUGACACUUCAGAAUAGUUUUGACUGCAGAUUCUCUCCAACUCUCUGGAAAAGCUGACGGACUCAAAUGUGGUGGAUUAUCAUACCGGUUAUUUUGUACUUAAAAACACACCCACAGUUGUGACAUUGUAAUGAAAUUCCCACAGUCCAUUCCACUAACGGUAAAGCUUUGGGAGCUUUCUUAUGCAGCUUCUAUUUUGUGUUAAGUGUUUUUCUCAUACCGUACUUGUUUUUAAACUAGCUUUUUCCUGCGUUUGUCUUGAUACCUUUUAUCACAGAAAUGUUACAUAGUUGUCUGCAUGGCUUUUAUGCAAGAUGCAAAAAAACUCAACCCCUCCACACACACACACACACUCAAUGUCUUCUUCAACACAGACAUGAAAGUCAAUCCAGUUUAAAACAAAAUCAUUAACAAGGUCUGUGGUUAAGCAGUAGUUGCAAAUGAUCUGCUGUGUUUUGCGAUGUAAGAACAGGCAGCCUUAAAGGAGCUAUUCCCCAAAUUUAGUCAUAUUUUAAGUCCUUUUAGUAUUUGUUGGAUCCAGAUUUGCCUUACAGGCAAAAAUUUCUGGUUUAAGGAGGACACACAAACCCAUCCCUCAUGUGAUCACAAGCUAGUGUACUCAUCGUGUCAGUCCCAGGUGUGGAUUAAAGGGAGGGUUGAAUAAGGAAGACCAUCCGGUAUAAAAUCUGUGCCACAUCAAAAACAGCGAAUCCAUCUGCUGUGGCAAGCCUUUGGGAAUGAGCACGCAGCUGAAUGUAACAGUCCUUUUAUUAUUUGAGUCCUGGAACUUUAUGACCACACCCUGUAUAUGCUGAGGAUUGACGGAAACCUACCUUACCGAUGCCAACCAGUAAUCUCAAGUCUAUCAAGAUUACUGGUUGAAUGGCUUUAAUUAUAAGGCGAUGGGCGUAAACUAUUGUUUAUCAUCAUUAUUGCGUAUGGAAAACAAGAAUAAAUGACAGCUUUUUCAGCUGUAAUGUAUUUACAGUUCUUGCUGGGUUGAUUUUCCUCAGGCUUUGUGAUCACCAUAUAAUUUAUGCUACCUCUUUUAUCAAGAGGUAAGUGACUGCCAUUGUUUGGGUUUGGAUGAAAAUAAGAUUUCACAGUGAGAUAAAGCCCACCUCAUCUCAUGCCUUACAAUUGAAUGCCAAGAGCCCCAACUUCCCUGGUGAUCAUUCCACCUCAAAGCGGAAAAGCAUUCGAUAAAAAUAAGCAGCUUACAGUUAUACCCAGGGUGCAAAUUACAUUAAUCCAGGCCCAUGUGGUCCAAGCAGGACAUGACUAAGUAAUCAGCCAUCCAGAAACAUUAUUCAUCACAGUAAUCAAUGCCUCUGCUUCUGGUCCGUGAGAGGCCAGGAACUGAUGAAUGGAAAAGCAUAGCGUUUGUUUCAAUUCCUCACCUCCCUCUUGAUAUCAUCAGGACAAAUUGUACAAUAAUGGAUGCAAAUUUAUUUUUAUCAUUUUGGUUCCCCACUAGUGUCUCUGAGGAGAAAGAAACAGCGUGAGGAUGACUCACGAAAAUGUAACGUUUUGCAAAAAAUAUCCUUUAAUGUCACUACAGAGACCGCUUUUCUCUACAGUGUAUUAAGUGCUUUUAUUUAUGCCAAAGCGUACGAAUGUUGUAAAUCUGUAUUUUUAAAAUAUUACUGUAUGUCUGUUGUUGGCACCUGUAUUCUUACUGAAUAUUAAAGAUUGCUAUUUUAUUUUCA